AUGUUCGGCGAGUCGUACGUGGAGGGCGGCGCCUUGAAUGGGUCGCACGGGGGUACGCACGAUACCACCACUCGCAUCGAGUCCUCCGCCCUGCAUGCCGCCGGUGCUUCUUCCAGUGGUGCGAAUGGGCAGCAGCAGCACCUGCGCUCCGUGCAAGAAAUCAUCAAGACGCUGGAUGAGGAGCACGAGAUCAGCGGCCCCAAGGGCGGCUGCUGCUCUCGCAUUUUCGUCCCGUUUCUUACGCUUGCCAUGGUUAUUGUCAUCUUCAUGGCCAUCGUCUACACAAACGGCACUGGGUCAGAGGUCGAGGCCUCCCCACGUGUGGCGAUUAUCGUGCUGGAGGGGUUCUCCGGGACCGUCUUUCACGCUCUCAUGCAGUCCGGUGUGCAUAUGCCGAACAUCGCGCACAUGCUCUCAUCGCAGAAGGGUGUGUGGGCUGAGUGUGCGACGAGGAGCCAGUCUAGCUGUGCUCGUGCUGUGGUGGUGGAGAACGACACCUCUGGGGAAGUUUACGUGAGUGCGGCGGCCGCGAUGACGUCUUUGUUUUCCGGUGUCUCGCCUCGCGAGCACCAGGUGUACAACGGGAGCUUGGAAAGCAUGUCUAUGUACGCGAACACUUCCAAGACGAACCCGAGUAUCGCGAAGCGCGUGAAGGACGCGGGGAGGAAAGUGUCAGUUGUGGGCACCUCGCACCUCAUCAACUCCCUCCGCAUCGGGUUCGGCAGCUGCUCUCGGCCGGGUGUGCUCGACAUGGAGUGUGCGGCAUCGCGGGAGGAGCUGCUGCGGGCGAGCAUCGACGAGUACUCGGGCAGUGUGCAACUGGACUGUCUCGCGUCGUCCUCGUGCAACAUGAACACGCGCAAGAUGAAUUCUCCGACGGACCCGCAGGGAUACAGCAGUGGCCAGGCCGAGGCGCAGUUCACGCGCCAUCUGAACAACAUCUUUGGCGGACUCGCCUACUCGACCGAGACGCAGGAGACCGCCAUGCAGAACACGGUCGCGGACAACCUGGCCGACUCCCUCUUUGUUUUCCACUUCGAUGCACUGGCGGUGCGGGCAGCCAGCACCUACCUGCCCAACUUCCAGUACAACGCCUCCUCCAAGGAGUACGUCGCGCAGGUGUACCUGCUAGAUGCGCUGGUGGGCCAGGUGAUCAGCUACGUGCGCGACCGCGCUCGAAGCCAGAAGGAGAACUGGCUUAUCCUUGGCGUCUCCGAUCACGGCGGCAACGACAAGCAGUACGCCAUUCCAAGCUCCGUCUCCCCCUCCGAUAACGCGAUUGCCUUCUUCAUGGCCACCUACACCGGCAAUACGAAGCGAUUCGUGGCGCUGGCGCCACUCCAGCGGCCAGUGACGCAGCUCGACGUGCUGCCGACGGUGCUGACAUGGCUGAACGUAGCGCCGUACGACGCAGAGACGAGCGCUGUGGUCGCCGGUACGAACACGACGGCGGCGAGCCCGGCUGUGGAGGCGCGCGUGACGGAGCGGGGGCACUUUGAAGGCCUUGUGCAGGGCAUCUGCUCCCCUGGUACCUCCCUGAAGGACUGCGCGUUAUAA